GGUUUUUGGAAGUUUGAUGUGUAAUAGUGCGAUAUUUUAUUUCACCCUAAGCAACAGAUUUAAUUUAGAAAUUCUUGGCAAUUAUGCCAUUGUUUGGGAAGUCUCAAAAGAGUCCUAGUGAGUUGGUCAAGGUUUUAAGAGAAGCUAUUGUUGCCUUAGAAAAGGGGGACAAGAAAGCUGAAAAGGCACAGGAAGAUGUUUCAAAACAUUUAGCUCUUAUGAAGACAAUGUUGUAUGGCAGCAGUGAUCAAGAGCCUAAUUCAGAUAUUGCAGUCGCACAGUUAGCUCAAGAACUGUACAACUGUAAUAUGUUAUUGCUUCUUGUCCAAAACUUGCCACGAAUAGAUUUUGAAGGCAAGAAAGAUGUUGUUCAGAUUUUUAGUAAUAUUUUGAGAAGGCAGAUUGGAACAAGGUUACCUACUGUAGAAUAUAUCUGUACAAAGCCAGAAAUUUUAUUUACUUUAAUGAAAGGGUAUGAAAAGCAAGACAUAGCUCUGAAUUGUGGCACUAUGCUAAGAGAGUGCAUUCAUUAUGAAGCAUUAGCCAAAAUUAUUCUAUAUUCCGAUGAAUUUUAUAAUUUUUUUAGAUAUGUUGAAGUGUCGACUUUUGACAUUGCGUCCGAUGCCUUCUCUACAUUUAAGGAGUUACUGACUAGGCACAAAGUCCUAUGCUCUGAAUUUCUCGAAAUGAAUUAUGACAGAGUCUUCAGCCACUACCAGCAUUUAUUAAAUUCAGAAAAUUAUGUCACCAAAAGGCAGUCAUUGAAGUUGUUAGGGGAGCUAUUAUUAGAUCGUCACAAUUUUACCAUUAUGACAAGAUACAUUAGUUCUCCAGACAAUUUAAAGCUUAUGAUGAAUAUGUUGAAAGAAAGAAGUCGUAACAUACAAUUCGAAGCAUUUCAUGUUUUUAAGGUAUUUGUUGCAAAUCCAAACAAGCCAAAACCAGUGCUAGACAUUUUGCUUCGAAACAAGGAUAAACUAGUGGACUUCCUAUCGAAUUUUCAUACUGAUCGUUCUGAUGAUGAACAGUUUAAUGAUGAAAAAGCUUAUCUAAUCAAACAAAUAAAAGAGCUUAAACCUGAUGACUAGCACAAAUUCGUUGGCAGAUUUGUUACAGACUAGCUUUUUUUUUUGUCAAAACAAAAGAACACUUCAAAGCGAUUUGUUGCUAUCUAUCAGUUGAAAAAGAGUUACUUCCAUUAGGCUAAAUUGUAGAUAUUCUGUAUUAUAAGUUCUCAUUUUCCUUUACAUCUCAUGGGGAACAUUCUGGAUUGCAUAAAAAUUGUCCAGUUGUUCUAUUCCAAGUAUAAUUUAAUUUCUUCUGUCAUAUCAAGCUAUCUCCUGAAGCUCUAAAAUCCUUAGUUUUAUCAGUAAACUUCGUUUAGUUCCUUUGUGACAUUAGCAUUGGA